CAGGAAGUGAGUGAGAAAAAGACGAGCUACGUGUAACAUAGGAAGAGAUCAGCGAGCCCCUUCUGCUUCCUCUUCUGCACCUACAGCACAUUACUGCUGAUCAUCUUACCCUGACACUAAGGAUGCAGGACGUUCUGCUCAAGGCGCUUGUGGUGGCUCUGGGCCUCCUGACGUAUCCGACGGACGACCCCGGGGUGGGGGAGCAGCGGGGGGGAGGAGGGGACGCGCCGCGGUACGAAGCCGGGCCGCUGGAGGAGGAAGAGCAGCGCGACCUGGAAAUGGCACCUGCCAGCGACGACGCGCGGCCUCCGAGUGGCGCAGUGAACCCAGAGAAGGAAGAACACGGGUCCGAUCGGCAGGGACGAGGUGAGGAGCCCGGGAGGCCAGAAGCAUCAGAGGCCCAGAGCAAGAGGGCACCGAACGGAACCGCCCAGGAGGCCGGCGCUGACUGGGCGAAGGACUUCCUCUGCUUCAUACUGAACACCUUCUCCGUUGUUUCCACCGUCUGCUUCUUGGGGAAAUGUCUGACACACGCUUCCCCAAUGGUCCGGGCCCGAGCCGAGGCCCUCCUGCUGCCGGACAGCGCCACGCUGCAGGACUUCCACGCCAGGUGCGUCGUCGCCUCCAGGACGAAGUGGACGGAGGAGGAGUUUCUGGAGGGCUUCGCGAACGACCUCCUGGAGAGCAUGAGGCUGGUCUGCGGCGGCGGCGGCGCGGCGCUGGGCGACUUCACCGUGGCCGACGGGGCCGACUUAAAGGUUCCCCUCACGCUGCCCAGGCCGUUCCGCUUCCAGUGCGUGCUGGGGAACGAGCAGGCGAGCCAGCUGCUGCCGGACAUGCAGGUCUGCGGCCGCAUCGAGGUGGUGGAGGAGGAGGAGGAGGAGGGCGCCGGGAGCUGCCCCUGCCGCUCCUCCGCCACAGGCGACGACAUGGUCUGCCUGCUGCACUGCGACAAAGCCCCGGCAGGAGCCGCCAACGUCUGCGACGAGCUCUGCUCCAAGGGGUUCCUGUCCAAAUCCCGGGUGGCCAGGUGGUUCCGGGGCGCGAUCAGGCAGGCGUGGGAGCAGAUCGCACACAAGUACGAGGUGGAGCUCAGCAUCCGCUACGUUGACGCCCCGGGUGCUUUGGCCGUUCGCUUCAGGUCGGGGAGGGUGCUCCGCUUCAGGCUCAACCCCGUGGUUAAAUUCGACAACAACGCACACUUCUACAUCACACCCCGCUCUCCGAGGGAGUCCGACACGCUCUGGACGCUGUCGCUGAGCGGCUACGAGGACCGGCUCCUCCGCAGCCUCUCCGCGCGCCUGCCGGACGAGGCCUGUCACCUGCAGACGCUGGAGAUCGCGUGUUUCCUUCACAGGAGGCAGACGAGCCUCUUCAGGAGCGACACCGUCGGCGACCGCCACUUCAGGACGGCGCUGAUGCACCUGCUGCUGGACGGGCCGCCGUCACAGUGGGAGGCCAGCGCCGUGGCGCAGAGGUUACAGGACUUGAUGGGCUUCAUGGCGAGGAGCCUGGAGAAGAAACUGCUGCACCACGUUCUUAUCGGGAACCCCGCGGCGCGGAAGUUCGUCCAACUUCCUGCAGAGUUGACUCGGGCCAAGCCGGUAAACCUCUUCCAUCCCCUGGUGGUACAUGACUGCAUCUACAAGAACGCUGCCAUGCAUUUUAAGGAGACGCUCAGAAACGCACACAUGCUAAUACAGGAUUAUGUUGAUUAGUGUACAGACCGGUCUGUGUGAGAAAACGUCAGGUUUCCAUUAAACAACUGUUUUUUGGUUGAUAAUGAAACAGCAACAAACAAAACAGGUACAAGAAAGUGACUUUAUUUAAAUAAAUUGAUUAUUUUUGGAAAUCAUGCUCCCAGUAGGUUAGAAAGUCUUCCUGCGCCGGUGAGUAUGGGUCCUCUAAACUCACUCCAGUGAGUGUCUCCACUGCCUCCUCUUCACUUAGGUCAACAUUCCAGGAAUUACUCAAGGUCAUCCUCUUUGAAGCUGAGGGAAGAAAAAAAAAAUACAUUUUAAGAUUGCGCAAAAUACUAGUAGCAGCUGAGGUAGAGCUGUGCACCUACUUUAACAUUAGCGUAAAGCUCAUUUCAUACAACCAGUUUCACUAGAGGGUGCUUACUGACCUCUAGGCUGAACUGAGGGGCAGGUCGAGUUGCAGCAGGUGCACACAGAGUCAUCGUCAUCAUACAGCCCUUUCCACCUAAACCAAAACAAUAAAACCAUCUUUCACAGAACGCCACUGCAUCGCUCUCAGGCAUUCAGCACCAACUCACGCUGCAGAGGCUGCGUCGUAGUUGCACGCCUUCAAGGCCGGCGUUGCAGUCUGCGGCCCCACAGCGAUCUCACAGUGCAUGUAGAGUUUCUGAAAGGCGUUAGAUUUCAGUUUAGCAUCCUAGCAUUCGAUGCCACAUACCUCUGCGGGACUUGUUUGCUAGUACCUGUGUUGAAGACGAGGAGGAGACCGCGUCUUUGAAAAUGAAGGCGGUCACUCUGAAUCGCAGUGAAGUCUUUGAGGCACCGGUGAGAAACGCCGACGUGGCAGACACUUUGCCAUCAAUCAUACAGCUGGAAAGAGGAGCUCACGUUAACCUCUACAGGACCCGAAGAAGUCAACUUUAGUUCUGAGUCAAAUCCACCUUACCCUUGGUUGUCAAUGAGCGUGUAGGAAGGACUGGAAGUGGGGUUUGGAGAGGCGGUCACGAAGCACUUGUUGAUGUAAAGCCGCUUCUGUCCAGAGUUCUGUGGUUGCUUGGCCUCGAAGUACAUCAACUCGCCCAUAGUGUAGGUUUUAGAACCAGGAAUCGCGUUCCCCAUCGCUGAGAAUGAAUACAAGUCAGGCACAAUUUAUUGCAGUUAAAUGUCUGCAGCACAAUUUAAUAUGCUUUAAUUUGCAAACUUUUCUAUAGCGGCAUUAAACCCAAAUAAAAGUGAAUAAACUGAACAUGUCCAGUUUAAUUUAGUUCACACUCCUUUUGUAUGUGCACAAAUGUUGGUCUGCAAGUGCCUACUUUAAGCAAUCCCCAUAGUACACAGGUGGUGCCCCCUUGUCCUUUAAAUUUAGCUAAUGUGCAUUUACGUGUCUUGUAUUUACUGUUAAAAGCCUGUUUUUUAUUCAAUGCAGUUUAAUUUCCCCAUUGCAUGUUUGCGUAGUAAAAUACAUUUAAUAGUAACUUACCGUCUUGAGCGGUCAGGGUUAAACUGUUCAUAAGGUCAAGGGGUUUGAAAAUUGUGCCUCCUUGAAGUUUGGGAUGGAAACCAGUUUGAUACGAGUAAAAGUACCUGCAAAAGAAAAGUACACAUUUAAAGCAGCACUGUUCACUUAAUUAUCUUCUAUACAGUGCUUGAGUUUAACAUUUAUUAAAAGCAGCAAAUUAUGUAAAGUCAUCUGUGACAUUCCCACAACUGUGGCAUCAACUAAAGGAACUCAUGUGUUACCUGGGGUAUUUGCACAGCAGGGGAAUCGUAAAGGGCAUCUCCCUUACAACUGGAGUGGUGGGCUCAUAGGUGAGCGCAUUGCUGAUGUGCACAAAAUCUGGUUUACUCUGCAACAAGAGAAUGUUGGUUGGCUCUAAAUACAUGAUUGAAAUAACCUAAAACAUUAAAAAUCAAAUAAUCU